GGCUGAGGCGGGUCGUCGGCGAUGCGAAAGCUAAGGUGUAUCUCAAGCUCGAGAUGCAGAACCCGGGCGGCUCGGUCAAGGACCGGAUCGCACUCUCGAUGAUCGAAGAGGCGGAGAAGCGCGGCGAUAUCGACCCGGCGCGCACCACCAUUGUCGAGGCCACGUCUGGCAACACCGGCAUCGGGCUGGCGAUGGUGGCGGCCGCCAAGGGCUACAAGUGCAUCAUCGUGAUGCCGCAGGUCCCGAGUAUGUACGAGCGCUACAUCCUCGUACGCAAGUUUGGGUGCGACGUGCACCUCACGUCGGUGAUGCAGGACAACUUCCCGAAGACGAUCGAGAACCUGAUUGGGUACUCGACCGAGCUCGUCAAGAAGAACCCCGACUACUGGACCCCCUCGCAGUUCGACUCGGAAGACAACCCGCUCGCGCACCUGACUGGCACCGGCCCGGAGAUCUGGGAGCAGACCGACGGCGAGGUGGACUGCUUCGUGGCGGGCGCGGGGACGGGAGGCACGCUCAACGGGGCGGGCCAGUACCUCAAGUCGAAGAAGCCCUCGUGCCGUGUCGUCUGCGUCGAGCCCACCGAGGCGCGUGUGCUGGUCGGCGCGCCGGGAGGCAUGCACGGCGUCGUCGGCAUCGGGGCCAACCUGCAGCUGCCGCUCAUCGAGAAGCUGGCGCCCGGCCAGGAGUGGGCCGAGGGGCCGCGGGGCGCAAUCGACGAGUUUGCGCACGCGUCGACGCCAGAGUCAUGCGAGUGGGCCAACCGCGUCGCCGCGCAGGAGGGCCUGCUGGUCGGCCCGUCGAGCGGCGCGGCGAUCAAGGUUGGGGUCGACAUCGCCCACCGGCCGGAGAUGGCGGGCAAGACGGUCGUCGUGCUGCAGGCGUCGUCUGCGAUCCGGUACGUGAGCCACCCGAUGUGGGAGGGGCAGAAGGUCGAGGGCAAGGAGGCGCUCCCCAUCCCGCCCGACCUCGAGACGGAGCACCCGGUCUGCCGCUGGAGGUCGGAGGACUACGUGCCGCCGCCAAAGGACUGAAGCCGCCUGUCGGCGCAGUCGAGGGGGGCGCACGCGUUGGCAGAAGGGCGCGAGGCGGCAUGCGCUGCGGCGGGCCUUGCUCACAUCUCCUUCCGGUGCCGCGGCAUCUGAGAGUACGGUCGUAGGGGGCGGCAGUGGGAGAGGAGGGCAAAUGCCAAAUCGCGCGGGCGACCGCAUUCGGGAGAGUACGUGUUUGCUAUAUUAGCCUCCCGUCGGGGCCGGACUGCGCGGUGCACCAUCGAUCGAUCCCAGACAGGCCGAGGGCGAGACGUGGUUCACGCAGACACUGGUUGGGUAGUAGUCUAAGUUCUGAGCCUCGCGGCUUAACGGGUCUAAGUGUGGCUAGCCACGCUGGAGUGCUUACGCGGUCUAAGAUCAGCGGGAGCCUCUUACACCGGCUAAGUCGGCCAUGGCACGCGAUAUACGGCGCUCGCGCCCAAAUUUUCUUCGCCUGCGCGGCGGGCGAUCGAUCCUCCUCAUGCUCAGCAAUCGCCGCCUCAGCAUCCUCCUCUUCCGAUUCUCGUUGCUGCUUCUUCCUCAAGCUCAAACAAACGCAUGUCAGAGAAGCCUGUGUAUGCUGGUCCUCUUUGAACGAUCCGCGCGUGAGGUAGCAUAGGGCCUUGUUGGCAGCAGCCAGCUUGUUGCGCUGCUUCGUUGCGAUGAGCUGAUUGGGAUCGCAGAAGUGCAUGCCAAGCACCGCCACGAUCUUGAAGCAGAACACAUCGCAACCGCAUCGUCCGCACUGCCAUCGGCAUGCCGCGCCCGCCGCUUCGCCGCAGCCGCCUUAAGGCACGCAUAGCGGCAGCACAUGGUACGGUGCGCGUACUUGAGCAGGCGUUGCGCGCCGCAAGUAGCGCACUGGCCCUGGGAGACGGCGAUAUGGCGUCGUGCGCGGCAUACGCUGG